AUGUAAAAUCAAUAACUUGGAUAAAAAUUAUCUAAUAUUAGUUCUAUGAUUUAGCAAUACUAACCUACACCUCAAAACCCUUCAAAAGUAAUAUCAAUUCCCUCACCUACACCCUAAUCAAUCAAAUCACCUCAAGUUCUUCAAUCCUUAAUAAAUGAUUAGAAACAAUUUUAGCAUGAUGUAUCAGGAUUGAUUGCCAAAUUAGAUUAAAUUCAAAAUGUAAAUAGUCCUCGACGGAACUUACCAACAAUCAAUGGUUAAAGUCAAGUGUCACCUUCGCAAACUUAACCUGAUUUUGUAGUUUAACCCACUCUUUCUUCUCCUUCAAGUGGUUGUGCACCAUUUAUGAAGCAAUAGGACCCUCAAAAGAUGAAAGAAUAAAAUGCUAAUGUCUUACGAUAAGCUGAACAACUUGAAUUCUUUAUUCAAGCUAAUAAUGAAUUAAAAAAAGCACUAGCAUAAUCAAAUAAAAAAAUUGCAGAACAACAAAAACAGUUGGACUAACUUAUUAAGUAAAACGAUGAAUAGAAAUAACAACUAAUUGCAAAUGAAUAAAAUAAAAUAAUUCAAUAAAAAUAGUAUAAUGAUUAGAUUUAAACUAUGCAAUAAUCACACUAAAGAGAGCUUCAACAAAUUAAGAACUAUGAAAAUGAAUAAAAAUAAAAAAUAGAAAGUUAAUGGUAGCAAAAGUACAACUUAAAAGCUAAUGAAUUAAACUAAUCUACAAAAUUGCUCAACAAUAAAAUUAAUUCUUUAUAAAAGGAUGUCAAUGAUAAAUAAGAAUAGUUAAAUUCACUAAUAUUUUAAACUAAAGAGCUUUCAAAUUAAUUAGAAAAGAGAGUGCAGGAUUUGAGUGUGAAGGAAGAAUUACUUUCAGAAAAAUAAUUCGAUUUAGAACGAUUGUAGAAUGAAUUUCACUAAGCCUUAGAAAAAUAUGAGCAUAAUAUCAAAGAUAUGAUUCAAAAUCAUACUUAAGACAUGAUGUCUUUAGAACAAGUAAUUGAUGAAUUAAAAUAACAUAACAUCAUUCUUAGUCAAUAAAUCAUUAAUAUUGAAUCAUAAAACGCAAAAGAAUUAGAAUCCAUAAAAAAGAAUCAUCUAAAAGAGCUAAAUGAUAAAUUGGAUGAAGUAUCUUAAAAAAACCUCAAAGAAAAACAACAAAUUCAAAAUCAUUAUGACGAAAUUAUUAAUAAGUUAAAAAAUGAAAAAAAUAGUUUAUAAUAAGCCAAAGAUUAAUAACAAUUAUUUUUAGAAUAAAAGGUUUAAGUGUUGACUUAAGAAUAUAAAACAGCAAUAGAAACAAUUAAAAAGUAAUAAGAUAAAAUUUAAAUGCUUAAUGAUUAAUUAAAUUAAUUAGAAACUUAAUCAAAAAAUCUGAAUAGAGAAAAUAUUAAUUAGAUUGCUUUUCUUAAUCAAAAAUUAAAGGAAAUGAGUUCCGUCUAACCUUAAAAUUAAAAUACAAAUAAUUAUUAUAAUGAUUUGAAAUCUUAAAACUUAGAUCUUAGAACUGAAUUAGAAGAAAAAAAAUAAAAAUUAGAUGAACUUAUUAACAAUCUAAAUUAAGUAAUUGAAAUAAAUUUCACUUAUAAAACUUAACUUACUGAAUUUCAAGAAAAAUUAUCCAACGUUAGUUAUAAUAAUGAAAAAGAAAAUGAAGCCUACUUCAAUUAAAUAAAGUAAUAAAAAAUAACUAUAGCCGAGUUAACAAAGAAAGUUGAAUAAUAGGCAAAAAAUGAAUACAAGCUGAAUAAUCAGAUCAAAGAUCUUAAAAAUAAUAUUGAGUAAUUAGGAAAUUUGAAAUUAGGAAGUAAAGGAGAUAACAUUGAUAAAGAAAAAGAGUUAAAUAAACAUCUUAUUCAAAAAACAAAUGAAUAUAAACAAUAAGUUGUUGAAUUAGAAAAUGUAUUAUAGGGUCUAUAGGAAGAAAUAAAACAGAAAAACUAAAUAAUAUCCAUUCAUGAAAAGACUAUUAAUGAUUUAAAAAAAAAUAGUAAAGAAAUGAAAUAACAAAUAAUGUCAUCUUAAAUGAGUGGGAUUGCUAUGAAUGAGAAAUAGGUUCAAGAAUAUGAAAGUCAAAUCAUGCAAUUAAAGGAUGAAACUAAUUCUCAAAAAGUAAAGAUUGAAAAUUUACAAUCCUAAUUAAAAUAAGUUAGAAAAGAUAAAGCUCAUUUAUCUAUGACAUUAAUGAAUUCGGGGAUGCUUAACAUAUAAUCAAGUGUGACAGAAAAAAACUGA